CAACGAUACAAUCAGUAUGGUGGAUACAAUCAGUAUGGUGGACACAGUAUCAUACACUGAACAAAUUAAAGCACUCAAGCGCGAAAAUGAACAGUUGAAGCAGCAGUUGAAUGCGCGAGUCGCUAAAGACGAGACACAAGUGGACGCCUUCUUCACGCUAGAGGAGUACCUGCGCUAUGGACGACAGAUGACCGUGCGCGAGCUCGGAAUUUCCGGUCAGAGAAAACUUAAGACCGCUAGAGUGCUUGUAAUUGGCGCUGGGGGCCUCGGGUGUCCUGCCUUGCUCUAUCUCGCGGGCGCGGGCGUGGGGAAGCUCGGAAUCGUGGACAACGACGUGGUUGACACUUCAAACCUCCAUAGACAGGUGCUUCACUCGACUGAGAGAGUCGGACAGUUGAAGUGCGAAUCUGCCAAGACGUAUUUGCAGAAGCUAAACCCGUUUGUGGAGAUCGAAACGUAUCCUGUUCGCUUGCUCAACUCCAAUUCCUUUGCCAUCUUCCGGAAUUACGAAGUGAUUCUUGACUGCACAGACACUCCUAUCACCCGCUACUUGAUUUCCGAUACAGCCACGCUAUGUGGCCUUCCGGUUGUCUCCGGUUCAGGGCUCCGCACGGAGGGCCAAUUAUCCAUCUUAAACUUUAACAACACAGGCCCGUGCUACCGCUGCUUCUACCCCCGUCCCCCUCCUCCGAAUGCUGUCACGUCUUGCAGCGAUGGUGGGGUUCUAGGCCCGGCAAUUGGACUAGUCGGGGUGAUGAUGGCCCUCGAGACACUCAAGCUUGUCAGCGGAGCGUACACCCAGGAUAACUUCAAGCCUUUCCUCACGGUAUACGCGGGAUAUCCCACCCAGUCGCUCAGAACUUUCAAUAUGAGGGGUAGAAAGGCUGACUGUAAGGCUUGCAGCCUGCAGGCCUCCAUCACCGAGAAGAUGAUCACGUCGGGCGAGAUUAACUACACAGAGUUCUGUGGAAGGGUAAACUACAACGUGCUACAACCAGAGGAACGAGUGUCUGUAGAGGAGUUAGCGGAAGCGCUCAAGUCAGAAGUGACCUUGCUCGAUGUGAGAGCCCCUGAGCAAUUUGAAAUAUGCUCCUUGCCAAAGGCUACGCACAUUUCUUUGGAUGCCUUGGAGAAGAUGUCCGUAGAAGAGUUGGUGCAACUCAAAGAACCGAUCUAUGUGGUGUGUCGUUUUGGUAAUGAUUCACAGUUGGCCACCAGACUUUUGAAGGAGAGGGCCGGCUUAAAGCGGGUAUGGGAUGUUAAGGGCGGUGUCUCCCGGUGGGCGGACGUUGUUGAUCUGAAGUUUCCAAAGUACUAGAGACUCGCGAGUGAAAAAUCCGAUGCCAUACAAAGUUGUCAGGGUAUUAAAGUUUGGAGAAGAUUACCUUUUGAAGUAUUACACAGCAAUGGGGAGACUUCAAAUCUUGCGUGUGACUGGAGGUCUAAAGAUUCGUCCUGGGUUGGAGGGUAGGCCAUAUGAGAUAUUCCAAUUCUGAUUAAUUAAUCUAGAUCUUGAGAAGAUAGCGUCUUGUUUAUAAGCCUAUUAAUAUAAUGCUGCCCUCACACCCAGAUGAAUCUUUAUCCAUGCCAUUACAUAUACUUAGUUUUGUCACAUCGAUAAAUUAG